GUCCACACCACUUGGCUUCAACUGAUCUUUUUGUCAACUUUUUGAUACCUUUAAUUUUGGAUAGGAUACCCUUUUAAUAUAAGUUAGUGAGUAGCUCUUGUCGUUCAUUUAGCAAUUGCAUGCUGUUUGUGGUAUUCGUUCGUUUGUUUAUCCUUACUUCAACUUUAGGAAUAUAUGAUUAAGAAUUGAACUUAUGUAUAGAAACUUACAAGGAAAUCUUGGCGAAUCUUUAGCUGAUAAUAGCUUGAAUGAUAUAGACAACAAACGUUGGGUUUGGAUUUCACAUCCUGAAACAGCUUUCACAAAGGCUUGGAUAAAAGAGGAACUUCCUGAUGGCAAAUAUGUCGUUCGAUACAACAAUUCCAGGGAUCAAAAAGUCGUUAGCCAUGACGAAAUGCAGCCACUCAACCCUGCUCGGUUUGACCGAGUCAACGAUAUGGCUGAACUGACGAAUUUGAAUGAACCGUCGGUCACGUAUAAUCUUGAGCAACGAUAUCUUUCUGAUCAGAUUUACACUUAUUCUGGCCUGUUCUUGGUAGCUGUAAAUCCUUAUCGACGAUUACCUAUCUACGGUAAAGAUAUGGUUCAGUUGUACAAGGAUAAAAGUCAAGAACGAAAGCUUCCUCAUGUAUUUGCUAUUGCUGACCUUGCUUAUAACAACCUUUUGGAAAAUAAGGAAAAUCAAUCUAUUCUAGUCACCGGUGAGUCUGGUGCUGGUAAGACUGAAAACACCAAACGGAUUAUACAGUAUCUUGCUUCUGUUGCAAGCAAUCCGCAUGUGAUAUCUGGCGAACAACUAGAAGAGCAAAUUCUGAAGACGAAUCCAGUCCUUGAAUCAUUUGGUAAUGCUAAAACAGUACGUAACAACAAUUCUUCUCGAUUUGGAAAAUUCAUCAAAGUCGAAUUCUCAAUCAGUGGUGAAAUUGCUAAUGCUUCCAUUGAAUGGUAUUUGCUCGAAAAGUCCCGUGUUGUUCAUCAAAGCUCUCAAGAACGUAACUAUCACAUUUUUUACCAACUCCUGAUUGGUGCUGAUUCCAGUUUACGGAAAAAGCUCCUUCUCUCUAAUGACUUUAAUGAUUAUGAAUACUUGAAGAAUUCUUCUCGUACUAUUCCCGGCAUAAAUGAUGCCGAAGAGUUUAAAGGAUUACUAUCUUCUUUAAAAAUCCUAGGGUUUUCCGAAAAAGAAAUGUUAAAUUUAUUCAGUAUAAUUUCUAUUAUUUUGCACAUAGGUAAUAUCUCCAUCGGCGCUGAUCGUUCCGGCGUCGCUCGCCUUACAAACAUGGAUGAUGUUGAUAAACUUUGCCAUCUUCUAGGCGUAUCUCCGGAGUUAUUUUCACAAAAUCUUAUCCGUCCACGCAUUCGUGCCGGUCAUGAAUGGGUAGUGAGUGCUCGGUCCCAAGAGCAUGUAAUUUCUUCUGUGGAGGCGUUGGCUAAAGCGAUAUACGAACGGAAUUUUGGCUGGCUCGUGAAGCGUAUAAAUACUGCAAUAAGUCGAAGUACUUCGUCAAACACAUUUAUUGGAAUUUUGGAUAUUGCUGGUUUUGAAAUUUUUGAGACAAAUAGUUUCGAACAAUUAUGUAUAAAUUACACAAAUGAACGUCUGCAACAAUUUUUUAAUCAUCAUAUGUUUGUUUUGGAACAGGAAGAAUAUAUGAAAGAAGAAAUCAAAUGGGACUUUGUUGACUUUGGCCAUGAUUUACAGCCCACCAUUGAUUUGAUUGAGAAGUCCAAUCCUAUUGGCAUUCUAUCUUGCCUUGAUGAAGAAUGUGUUAUGCCAAAAGCUACAGACGCUACCUUUGUUUCCAAGUUAGAUGCUUUAUGGAAAGAUAAAUCUCCAAAGUAUAGACCGUUCAAAUUCGCUGGUUCUGGUUUUAUUUUGACACAUUACGCGGCUGAUGUUCCUUAUUCAACAGAAGGUUGGUUAGAAAAGAAUAGCGACCCAUUGAACGAAAACAUUGCCAAAUUAUUAGCUCAUUCUACGAAUAAGCAUAUAUCUGAGCUUUUUUCUGACUACCAAGAGGUUGAAACAAAAACAGUUCGUGGACGCACUCGUAAGGCUCUUUUUCGGACUGUAGCCCAAAGGCAUAAAGAGCAAUUGAAUCAAUUGAUGAAUCAAUUUAACACAACUCAACCUCAUUUCAUUAGAUGUAUUGUUCCUAAUGAAGAAAAAAAGAGCCAUUCCUUUAACAGAGCUUUGGUUUUAGACCAAUUGCGAUGCAACGGUGUUUUGGAGGGCAUCCGGAUUACUCGUGCUGGAUUCCCCAAUAGGAUGCCCUUUAAUGACUUCAGGCUUCGUUAUGAAAUGAUGGCCAACCUUCCGAAAGAUAAUUAUAUUGAAUCUCGACGUGCUUCUCUCUUGAUACUUCAACAAAUGGGCCUUUCAGAAGAUCAGUUUAGAAUCGGAGUUUCCAAAAUUUUCUUCAAGGCAGGGGUACUAGCUAGUUUGGAAGAAAGAAGAUUGCAAACACUUCAGAAGAUUGUAACUACUUUGCAAGUUCGAAUCCGUGGUUUUGUCCAAAGAAGGAAAUACCAAAAGCGCUUGAAAGAUAUAGAGUCUAUAAAACAAAUACAGGCUAACUUGCUUGUGUAUGACGAGCUGCGAAAGCAACCCUGGACAAAGCUAUAUUUUAAGUUAAGACCCAUGCUUAGUAGUACUCAUAAUGAUGAACAACUCAAACGGAGGGAUGCAGAAAUUAUAGAACUGAAAUACGAAAUUAAGAAGCUCACAAACGCUAAAGAGGGGCUUGAAACCAAGGUGAACGAGUCCACUAAAUCUUAUAUUGCUUUGGAGAAUGCACUUACCAGUGAACGAGCCAUUGCACUUGACAAGGAGGAAAUUCUUCGUCGAACUCAAGGAAGAUUAGCUUCUUUGGAAGAUUCAAAUGUGAGUUUGAAUGCCACUUACAAAGAUAUGGAAGUUCGAUUAGCGGAUAUUUUGAAUGAAAAAGAAGUGGAAAGCAAGCAUAUGGAGGAGGUGAGAGAAGCACUCGAAAGCAUGUCAUCUCAAAAUGAGAAAAGAAAAGAAGACAAUGAUAAGUUACGAAAAGAGCUAGAUACUUUUCGAAUGUAUAAUGAAGAAGUCAAAUCUGCGUUAUCCGCUGCCAAGGUUGAGAUAGCUUCAAUAACAAAACAAAAAAAUACCGUUGAUCGAGAUAUAGGAAAAUUGAGAGAAGAUGAUGAGAAGAAAAACAACGAAUUAUCUUCUUUGCUUCAAGAAAACUCUGCUUUAAAGGAUGAACUUCAUAAACUCAUAGAAUUGAGUAAAUCGUUAGAAGAAAAGCUGACGAAUGAAACGAAUAUUACGAAAAAUAUCAAUUCAUCUGUUGAAAAUAUGUCUUCUGAAUUAGGGCGUAACAAGCUUGAAAAAUCAGAAAUGGCUAAUGAUAUAUCAAUUCUUAAGCAGCAAAACCAGGAGCUUGAGGUACUGAAAGGUGUUCAACAAAUGACGAUUGAAACCCUUGAACAAAAAGUUAACUACCUUGAAGCUGAUGUUAAGCAAGUAUCUCAGCUGAAGAAAGAGCUCGGUGCUUUAACCGAAAAAGACAACAUUUAUAAAGUCCAAUCUACUAGGAAUAAAGAGCUUGAAGAAUCGGUGAAAACGCAUAUGCUUACACUUCAAAAGCUAGAAGGCAAUCUUAAAGAUGCCAACAACAAGUUAGCGAAAUUACAGGAUUUCCCAUCAAAGUAUGAAGAACUGGUUGGGCAAACAGAAGAUCUACAUAGGAAAAAUCGGCAACUUGAAAAGUAUAAGUUCGAUUAUGAGACUCAAAAUAAGGAGCUUUUGAACUUACGCAAGGUCCAAACUGAUUAUCAUGAAUUAAUGGUUCAGCAUAACGCAGUAACAAGAGACAAGGAACAGUUAGAAAAAAGCAAUUUUUCUACUAAUGAUCAAUAUCAAAAGCUACUAGAGGAGCGCAGCGAUUUAACUCAAAAAGUGGAAAGCCUAACUCGUCAGCUCGAUUCUGCAUUGCAAAAGCUUCCUAAAAUUCCUUUAUUAGAAAACGAAGUUUCCAAAUUGAAGCAAGAAUUCAAACAGACCGUUAAAGAGCUUGAAGAAGAGAAACAGAAAGCUGUUUUAGCUAGUCAAGAUAAUGAACAACUACGUUCAUUAAAGAAAGAGCUUCAAAAUAAACGGCAAUUGGAAACGAAUUAUCAGAAGCUUUUGGAGGAGGUGAAAACCACCCGAAGUUUGCGAUCAGAAGUUUCGUUACUGAGAAACAAAGCUUCUGAUGUAGAGUACUCUAAGAACAAACUGACGGAAUCAGAAUUGAAGUUAAAAGAAGUUAGAAAGGAGUUGAAUUCCGCAUUGGAGGUAAACAAAAAGAAAGAUGCAGAACUCCAUCGUCUAAAGGAACACAAGCCUGCAGAAAAGGAAAAUAAACCCCCAGCAUCUUUUAAGAGCUCACUUCCUGAGAGGAAGACAAUUUUUGACUUACAACAGCGAAAUGCAAAUCAGACCCUAUUUGAGAAUUUAAAGAGAGAUUAUGAUAGGCUCAACCUCGAGAAACAGUAUCUUGAGAAACAAAUGCAGGAGGGUAAAAAAUCUAUGGUAACACCACAAGCCACCGGCGGAUCUUUAGAGCGGGUUGCCUUUUCUCAUGCAGUUGAAGUGAAAGCACUAAAGGAUCAAAUCAACAGUGAAAAAUCUAAGAUUUUUGCUGUGCAAUACCAGUCUGAAAAACGAGAAAAAGAGUUACAAAAGUCGAUUUCCGAAUUAGAGAAGCAAAACCGUUAUUCACUAAUUGAUGUUCGGGCGCUUCGAGACAGAAUUGCUAGCCUUGAAGAAGAGUUAAUGGCGUCUUCACGAGCAUGAUUUUAGUUACCACCUUGUACACGAAACACAUUCAUUCUUUAAUUUAAGAUGGUUGAUAUUUUUCAUGUUAAUAGAAUAUUGUAUAUUGAUAGAUCAUAAAGAUGUGAUGAAUUGAAUUUUCAUUAUGAACAUAAUGUACAACAAAUGCAGGUAUCUCUAGUAAAUAGAUUCUAAGACAUACAAAAG